ACUUACAAAAAUAAAAAUCAUCCGCCGCCUGAUACCUUCUGAAACCAAUCGAAAACCUUUCGAAAAAUCAGACAAAUUCUCGCCGGAAUCAAUUAGAACCAAACCAAAACGGAACUGAAACCGAUAUCUAGAUAGUGAAUUUCGGUUUUUAGUUUCCGACCUUGGCCAGGCCUAAUUCAUCGCCAUUGUUACAGCCACUUGCAUACUAUUCAGAGGAUCCCUCACUCGUUCCUCGAUGGUAAAGAACGUUUUUUGAGAUGCAAUCAUUGUUUAGACUACCAAUUGCUUUCUCAAAUUCAAGCAAAACCAAGAAACAAUCCAUAGUAUGCAAUUUCAAGUUUAUUUUUUUCUUAGUAAACCAAUCAACAGUAGCCCCCAAAAUUUCAUUGCCUGAUAGCGAUUUUAGCGCCAAUUCCAAUAUCGCACGUUCCAAUUGGCUUGUCACGAGACUGUGUAGAGAAGGUAAACUCAAUGAAGCACGUCAAAUGUUUGAUAAAUUGCGUGAGAGAGAUGUGGUUACAUGGACGGCUGUGAUCACUGGAUAUAUAAAAUGCGGAUUGAUUGCAGAAGCUAGAAGAUUGUUUAACAGAGCUGAUGCUGUGAAAAAUGUGGUUACUUGGACUGUUAUGGUUAGUGGGUAUCUGAGAUUGGGUCAAAUUUUGGAAGCCGAGAGUUUGUUUGAGGCAAUGCCAGUGAAAAAUGUUGUUUCUUGGAAUACAAUGCUAGAUGGGUAUGCUAAAAAUGGUGAAGUACAUAAGGUUCUUGAGAUGUUUGAUAAAAUGACCGAAAGGAAUAUAGUUUCUUGGAACACUGUGAUCACGGUGUUGGCACAAUGUGGGAGAGUGGAGGAGGCAAGGAGAUUGUUUGAUGAAAUGCCUAAAAGGGACGUGAUUUCGUGGACAGCAAUGGUUACGGGAUUGGCAAGGAAUGGUAGGAUUGGUGAAGCUAGGAAGGUUUUUGAGAGAAUGCCAGAGAGGAAUGUGGUUUCAUGGAAUGCAAUGAUUACUGCGUAUGCGAAGAAUAUGAGGUUAGAUGAGGCUUUUGAGUUGUUUAAGAGCAUGCCUGAGAGGGAUUUGCCUUCAUGGAAUACAAUGAUCACAGGGUUUAUUCAAAAUGGAGAGAUAAGAAGAGCAAGGGUUAUAUUUGAUGAGAUGUCUGAAAGGAAUGUUGUAACUUGGACUACGAUGAUUACUGGGUAUGUCCAAAAUGGGGAAAGCGAAGCAGCACUGGAGAUGUUUAUGGAAAUGGUAAGGGAUGGUGGCGUAAAGCCUAACGAGGGAACUUUUGUGAAUGUGUUGGGUGCUUGUAGCGACUUAGCUGGUCUUGGCGAGGGACAACAAGUUCAUCAAAUGAUAAGUAAAAAUGUUUAUCAGGAUAUGGCAUUUGUUAUAUCUGCACUUAUUAAUAUGUACUCAAAAUGUGGGGAAUUGAGUACAGCAAAGAAGAUGUUCGAUGAUGGAGUUACAAGCAAGAGAGAUUUGGUUUCUUGGAAUUGUAUGAUUGCAGCCUAUGCGCACCAUGGUUAUGGAAGGGAAGCAAUUGAAUUGUUCAACGAAAUGCAGGAGCGAGGGUUUAAACCCAAUGAUGUUAGCUAUGUGGGUUUGCUCUCUGCUUGUAGUCAUGCCGGUUUGGUGGAGGAUGGAUUAUCAUACUUUGAUGAGCUUGCAAAAAACAAUUUUAUACAAGUAAGAGAAGAUCACUACACUUGUUUAGUUGAUAUAUGCGGUCGAGCAGGGAGACUCGAGGAGGCUUUCGAUUUGAUCAAGCAGCUAGGGAUAAAAUCAAAAUCAUCCAUCUGGGGAGCUCUUCUUGCCAGUUGUAAUGUCUAUGGAAAUCUGAAAAUAGGAAAACUGGCUGCAAAAGAGCUCUUAAAGGAAGAACCAGAAAAUGCAGGCGCUUAUUUAUUGUUGUCUAAUAUAUAUGCCUCUAGUGGGAAAUGGAAAGAAGCUAAAAAAAUGAGAUCUACAAUGAAGGAUAAAGGAUUGAAGAAGCAGCCUGGCUGCAGUUGGAUUGAAGUUGGGAAUAGAGCUCAUGUGUUUUUAGCUCGCGACGAGUCGCAUUGUCAAUCUAAUCUUAUUUAUUCUUUACUUCAUGAUCUUCAUGCAAAAAUGAAGUCUCGGUGUAUGUCAAACAAUGAUUUCAUAGUGGAUGGGGAACUUUCAAUAAUGUAGUUUUACAAAUUUUUAAUGCUAAAUUGAUAGAUAGCAUGCUGUGCUGAUACUAUUGAAGGAUUCAUGUUGUAACAGACAUGUCUUUAUUAUCAGUAAUAAUAAACUAAGGACAGCAUAAUAUUAACUAA